AUGAUGAAACGUUGCGACAUGGUGUUUGAAGCAGCAACAAGAGGAGGGUGCAAGGAGCACCCACAUGAUAAGCAAUCACCUGGUGUUUGUUCCUCUUGCUUGAGGGAAAAGCUCUCGCAGCUAUACAACACCAACCCUAUGAUUGAUCCUCUUUCUUUUUCUCCUGCUUCGCCUUCUUCACCUGCUUCUCCUCAUCAAUCUUUUUCUUCGAGUCGUGGUGGCCACCGUAGACCACGGUUCCGUCGAAACGCUUCGCUGGCGGCGGCGGCGGAAUCCGGCUCCUGCGUCCAGGGCUUGAACUUGAAGAAGAGCAAAUCGCUUGCGUUUGCUUCGAAGAACAGAGGGAGAGAGAGGGAUGUGAAUGGAAGGAAGAAAGAUGGGUUUUGGUCAAAGGUGCUCAAACUCAAGAAAAGGGACACACGAGACUCCAUCGUCACUUCUAAGACUUGA